UCUUAGGAAAACAUUAGGGUGGCAGCCAUAUUAUCGGUCCAGCAGAGUAUCGGUGUACGCCCAUUUGGCCUGUGUACCAGUUCACACGUACAAUGGAAGAAACUAAAAUAAUUUAUCAUAUAGAUGAUGAGGAAACUCCGUAUUUAGUGAAAAUUCCUAAAGCCCCUGACAAAGUGACGUUAUCAGACUUCAAGAAUGUACUCAACAGACCAAGUUACAAAUUUUUUUUCAAGUCUAUGGACGAUGAUUUUGGGGUAGUUAAAGAAGAAAUAAUAGAUGACGAUGCACCGCUUCCAUGUUUCAAUGGCAGAGUAGUUUCAUGGAUUGUAUCAGCAGAUAGCAGUGUUGUAUCAGAUAAUGUAUCACAGUGUGCCGAAGUUGAGGGCGGCCGGCCGCCUGCAUACCACCAUGGAGAUACAACGAGUCAACUUGAGGACUCGACUUGUACAGAAACUGAGAGCGUCAUCUCCACUCGGAGAGGUGAGCAUGAGCGGCACCACAGAAGCUCGCGACACCAUAAGUAUGAUAAAUACAAUGAUCGACACUUUGUGGAUCAUGGCAGCCAUAUUGGAAAACCUGUUAGCAGUAACACCUCCAAGAUCACGGGGCCAUCCUUUUACACUCAUGCUCCCACCACAAUGCGAAUCAAUGGCCAUGGAAACCGUGUACCUCGUCACCACGGCUAUGAGUCAUCCUCCAUGAUUAGUUCCGAUUUAGAAUCGACUAGCUUUUUUGACUCUGAUGACGAUGCCUCUAGUCGCAUCACUGCCACAACUACUGGAAGCAGCAGCGUAUCAAGACUCCAUGCAAGGCAUCGGCGGAAAAAGCAGCGGCGUCACCGUCUUCAACCUGCCAUGUCUCGCACCUCCUCCAUAUCUUCAAUCACUGACUCUACUAUGUCACUCAACAUCAUUACUGUUACUUUAAAUAUGGAUACUGUAAACUUCUUGGGCAUAUCCAUCGUUGGCCAGUCAAGUAAAGGUGGCGAUGGGGGUAUUUAUGUGGGAUCAAUAAUGAAAGGAGGAGCUGUAGCAUUAGAUGGACGUAUUGAACCUGGAGACAUGAUACUACAAGUUAAUGAUAUAAACUUUGAAAACAUGAGUAAUGACGAGGCAGUUAGAGUGUUACGGGAAGUAGUCCAAAAACCUGGGCCAAUCAAGCUUGUUGUCGCGAAAUGUUGGGAUCCCAAUCCAAAGGGAUAUUUCACCAUACCUCGAACAGAGCCUGUCCGGCCCAUCGACCCCGGUGCGUGGGUUGCACACACUCAAGCAUGCCGAGGAAUUCCAGGAGAGUUUCCCGGUCGCCCGCCAUCAGUCAGCACCCUCACCUCCACCAGCUCCUCCAUCACCUCCAGCAUCCCAGAGUCAGAGAGACCAUAUGAAGAGAUGAAGCUAACGGUAAAUACAUCUAUGGACACUAUAGUACGAACGAUGGCAGCUCCAGACUCUGGUUUAGAGAUUAGAGAUCGUAUGUGGCUCAAGAUUACCAUACCAAAUGCUUUCAUUGGUGCCGAUGUAGUUGAUUGGUUACAUCAAAGAGUAGAUGGGUUUCAAGAUCGGAGGGAAGCACGCAAAUAUGCAGCUCAAAUGCUCAAGGCAGGCUAUAUUAGACAUACGGUUAAUAAAAAGGACUUUUCUGAGCAGUGCUAUUAUGUGUUUGGUGAUCUCUGUGCUAGUUUAGCAGGCUUGAAGUUAGGUGAGGAGGAUACCUUGAGUGAGGCAGAUCGGGAUACGCUAGCCCCAUUACCGCCUCCUUCUGGUACUUCUCCCUGGGGAGGUCCUCAUAUGCCCUAUGCUGGCACAUAUGUCCCGCCUGCUACAGGUUACACACCGAUGCCAUUCAAUUACACCAAUGAAUCCUAUGCAUUUAAUAGAGAUGGCAGUACUAAUAGUGGUUCAGGUAGUAGUGGUGGAACCCAAAAGAAAAUAGAACGAAAGUCUGCCUCUCCAGCCCAAAGUGGAAGUGACAGUGAAGCAAGUCAGCGGAGUGCACGGCGAUUAGGAAGUGGAGGUGGUGGUUCUGGCAGUGGCAGUGUCGGUGGUGGUGGAGGGGGUGGUGGUGGAGGGACAGUUGGCACUGGAGGAGGAUCCAGUGGUUCAGAAAGAUCAACUGCUACCACCUUGUCCCAACCACCGCAACAGCCACUACUCUCGCAUCCCAGUCUUCAGCACCCUACAGGUGUGCCUUCAACAUACCCUUCACAUCCUCCACAUUCCUCCCUACAGAUUCAUCCUCCUCAUUCAAAAGGAUUGCCACCUCUUAUCCCUUCCCACCCUCAUAUUACCCAUCCUCUUCCAGCAGGCAUUCCUCCUCCUCACAGCCACUCUCAUCCUCCACCACCUGCCUAUUCCCUUCCUCCUCAGUCUAGCCAGCCACACCCAGCUCCGCCUUCUCGUCCUGUGGAACAGAUGAGUCCUGACCUGGCUGCCAGUACCAACAGCUUCAACUUGGCCAUGGACAACCCCUGCAACUUUUUUGUUGAUUCUGUUUGAAACUUUGUUUGAGGAGGAUAUUCAAGGUUACCAGUUUAGUGACCGCAGCUAGUCACAUUGAAGGUGGGUAGAGAACCACAGUCCGAGCUUAAACCUCAGUGGAAACUGUGUCAAAUAUCGGUGAAGCUGCUUAAUGUUAUCAGCGCAAAUGAUGUUUCAAUUAACUGCUUGUUGAUUCUUGGAUGGCCUUCCCAAAUCCUUUGAAUCUUUAUAACCAAAGCAUUGUUAUGAAAUUCAGGUAUUGGCAUACAGGAAAGUGAAAUAAAUUUCAAGUUUGAAUUAUAUAUUUUUUAUAUGAAUACUAAUCAUUAAUGAACUGUAGCACAAGUUAAUGUUACUCACAAUAUAAUGUUCUCUAAUGAAUUAAAAGCAAGAUACCCAACAAGUCAAGGUAUUUAUUACAUUAACAAUAGUGGGCAUAUGGGAGGAUGCCAAUUCUUUGAACACAAAUCAGUUCAUGAAUGCAUUAAAGUACAGUUGCUGAGGUGGGUAAUGAUAUCCAAGCUUUGUUGCUUCAUGAAAGAGGUGGUGGUUAUGAAAGAUGACAGUGACACUAAACAUUGAAACUUGUUUCAUCUUCAGAAGUCAUCGAAACCUUGUGGAAAAAUAGACGCUGGGUAGGAAAUGAGGGCACUUGAGCUUGUAUAAGGUUAAUUAGUGAUUUUGUGGACAGUUUUGCCCUUGCUUGGUUAGUGUGUUACACAAGAAAGUGAAGGUAAUGAAGCAAAUUUAUAUAUUUAUCACAAGAAUAUAUUUCUAAGAGAAACAUAUGCAUGGGACCAGGAUGAGAAUUAUGAAGUGUGGUGUUUGUCGCCUGCCCGUUAAGAAAAGAAAUUACAAAUUUGAAGUGACUUCCAGGCAUUGCAUUUUUAGAUACAGUAUUCAUAUGCAAUAAUUUCACACAUGACAAUUUAAGGUAGUGGAGUUUCAAGAUAAUGCAAUUGACUCUGUAACCAGUUUAUGCAACUAUAUAUUACAAUUGUGUUAAUGACUCGUGCAGGAAAUAUACUGUGGGCAGGUCGUAGGCCUUCUAUGCGGUCUUCAAAUGUUAUUGUUUUGUGAUACAGUAAGACUACCCUGGAUUCACCUGGAAAUUACUAUGGGUUUGAAUCAAAUCUACCAAUAAUAUGUGGUAUAAGUAUAGCUUAUUGGUUCACCUUAUAUUUUCAGUCAAAAAGACGAGAAUAAUAAGGGUUGACGAGCUCUGUACAGGUGCAGAAGACUGGAGCCGUACAUAUAUGUGUUAUGCACAGAGGGGCCAUGACUGCACGUCACUGUGCUUCAAUGCAGCUAUCUCAGUAUUUAGGGAAGACUUAAUAUUUUUUUAAACAUUUUAAAUGGAGGUUAUAAGCUUUGAGUUAUAAUCAAAUAUAUUUAGUAACAUUAUUUAUAUGCAAAAACUCAUGUGUUUGUGGUGUGAGCAGGUAGAUUCGAUAAACAUUAAAUUUCUUGGAUCUUAAUGGCAGAUUAUUAAGGCUGUUUUAUGAAAAUAUCCUCAGAAUUUUAUAACCAGUGUUUUUUUUGUCUUUUGUGUGUAUUUCCAGUGUUACUGUGCCACGGGAUCUAUAUUGGUAUUUUAGUAAUGAAAGAAUAAUGGUAAAAAAAAAAAGACGAUAUGGGAAGACAAGGAAGAAUGGUGGUUUUUAUUUAAUGUUCAUGUAAAAUUCUGUUAGACAUUAGUUAAUUUAUGUAAUUUGCAAAUAGUGAAACUACAAAAUAAUGUCUUUGAAUAUAUUUCCACAGUUAUGUUUGUAAAUGUGUUGUUAAAGAUUAGUGAAUAAAUAAAUGCCAUAUUUACAUAAAAUUCUACCCAUGAGAAAAAUUUUAGAUAUCUAAGCUGCAUUUGUCAAAUUAUCACAUUUUAUGGCUUGGUUUAAAUUUUCUUGAAAGUAUGUCUUGAGAAGCAGGUUUAGUUUGGGCAUAUGUAACAUUAGUCAUACUGUUGAGUGGUCACUAUUGUGAUCCAACUGAAACCAACUUUUCUCUUUGAAGAGAAUACCAACCUGUGAUAGUAGCAGAUAACAUUACAAUGGGCUGCUUUGGCAGAUAGUCAUUUAAGACCAGAUGCAGUGUAGAUUUUAGCAACAAUGCUAUAUAUUUGGCUCGGUCUUCACUGGGGAAAUGUGUAAUAAACAAGCCAUUACAAUCAUGAAUUGCUGCUGCUCACAAAUGCAAGUGGUUAGCGAGUUCCUAAUUUAUUUUAUUUUAUUUUAUGGAAUUGUGGCAGAGAUCUCCACCCAGCAGCAUACAGAUGUAGCACAAACUUGCAAGAUGCUGUAUGUGGCUGUGUACUGUAUAAUUUUUAUCUGAAUGGAAAUAAUGUACAGCAUAACAUUUAUUGACUAGCAAAUCUGAAUUUUUCUAAAUGAGUUUAUACAUUUUUUUUUGCAGUAUUACUUGCCAUUUCAUGUUGAGGGGCUGGAAGUCACCAUAUCGUGCUGUACAUAUUGACUCUAGUUUUACAGAGUACCAUCGUGUCUUCACAUACAGCCUGUGAUGUAACUGUUCAAAUAAUUUUCAAGUUUGUCGUCAUUUGAACGUUUUAUCUCUGCCAUUUAAUUGUGAUUUUUGUCUUGUUCCUUUAUAUUUUUUAAUCUGUAUUUAUGUAUAUAGACAAGAGUGUGGGAGAAUUCUCUCCUUAUUAUGAAAUGGCUUCUGCAUAUCUGUUACUGUAAUGUAAUGCUCGACAAGUAUAGAAUUUACAUAAAUACAUGUAUACAAUCUUGGAUGAAAUAUCCUCUGUGGUGGAUGUUUUUACAGAAGAAAAUGUGACCUAGAUACCAUAAAAUGUAAGGGCUUUGCUGUGGUUGCAGUGAAUGAAACUAAGGUCAAUAUUCAAGUGGUACCAAUAUGUUUUUUAUUGCAUACUCCUGCUUCAGGGAUACUCAUUAAUGCUCUUUUAAGUACGUGCUGCAUAAUUCAUAAUGGGAGAACACGAAUCUACAUAUAGAUUUUGAAAAGUUGCUUUGUUGGUUCAGGUAUAUUAUGUAUUUUUCAUGCAAGGAUCAACAUAAUUGUGUUCAGUGAGUGGUGAACUAAAUAAGUCUCCUUACUUCUGUUGUGCUUCAUUGAUGAUAGAUUUGUACUCAGUGGGAUCCAUUCUGGUUCUUAUAAUUGUAAGUCAUAAAGAUCAAAUAUACUACUUGAACAUG